CCUGAAUGCAUGGUCCAUAUUAACAGCCUACACUGAUCAUCGACAACUGGCACUACAUCAAGGACUCUUGAUCUUCUGGAAGGAUCACACUACGCUGCGCUUAGAACUCGGCAUUCUCCAGAGAAACCGACCUCAUUAUGGCGGCUGCUUUGGGAAUUCAAGGCAACGCCGGAAAUGCGGCCUUCAAGGACAAAGGAAAGCCCGUGGCGGUACGGACUGCCAAUAUCAUGGCUGCAAGAGCCGUUGCCGACGCCAUUCGAACCUCACUCGGUCCACGAGGAAUGGACAAAAUGAUUCAAUCUGGCAGAGGCGAGAACCUGAUCACGAACGACGGCAAUACGAUGCUGAAGAGUAUGAGCGUCAUGCACCCGGCGGCGAAGAUGCUGGUAGAUCUCAGCGCCGCGCAAGACGUGGAGGCGGGUGAUGGCACAACCUCUGUGGUCGUGAUUGCAGGGAGUCUACUCGGGGCGGCCGAUCGGUUACUCGCAAAAGGCAUACAUCCCACAAUCAUAUCCGAGUCAUUCCAGAGAGCCGCAGGGGCUGCAGUCGAACUGCUACAGGAGAUGUCACAACCUAUCUCGCUCUCAGAUCGCACCACACUUCUACAAGCUGCAACCACUUCGCUUUCGUCGAAAAUUGUGUCGCAACAUUCUGGCUUGCUUGGUCCGAUGGCUGUUGACGCGGUACUCAAAACGAUUGAUCAGAAGACUGCCGAAAAUGUUGAUCUACGAAAUAUUCGCAUUGUGAAAAAGGUUGGCGGUACUAUUGAGGACUCGGAAAUGAUCGAUGGUUUAGUACUCAAUCAGCAAGUCAUUAAGAGCAGUGGCGGCCCGACGAGGAUUGAAAAGGCGCGGAUUGCGUUGAUACAGUUCCAGCUGAGUCCACCCAAACCGGAUAUGGAGAAUCAGAUUGUCGUGAAUGAUUAUCGACAAAUGGACAAGAUUCUGAAAGAGGAGAGGACAUAUUUGCUCAACAUGGUCAAAAAGAUCCAAAAGGCCAAGUGCAAUGUACUGCUGAUCCAAAAGUCCAUCUUGCGGGACGCAGUGAACGACUUGUCUCUUCAUUUCCUGUCACGAUUGAAAAUCAUGGCCAUCAAAGACAUCGAGCGGGAUGAGGUUGAGUUCUUGUGCAAGAGCACUGGUUGCAAGCCAAUAGCCAAUAUUGACACUUUCACCGAGGACAAACUAGGAAGUGCAGACUUGGUGGAAGAAGUGCAGGCGUCCGGGGCUCGUUACGUCAAGAUCACAGGCAUUCGCACGGCAUCACCUCUGAGUCAAACUGUGUCAAUAGUGGCUCGAGGCGCCAACAGCCUGGUACUAGACGAGGCGGAACGAUCGAUCCAUGACGCUCUAUGUGUCAUCCGCUGCCUGGUGAAGAAGAAGGCACUUAUUGCUGGUGGUGGUGCUCCGGAAAUCGAGGUGGCUCAGCAAUUAGCGAAACGAGCGCGAGAAUUGACCGGCACUGAGGCUAUUUGUUGGAAAGCCUUUGCAGAUGCGAUGGAGGUCAUUCCGACCACAUUGGCAGAGAAUGCAGGGCUCAACAGUAUCAAGGUCGUCACAGAGCUUCGACAUCGACAUGACCUUGGGGAGAAGAACGCUGGUGUGAGCAUCCGAAGUGGAGGAGUGAAGACAAACAUUGCGGAGGAGAAGGUGCUUCAGCCUUUGCUCGUCAGUACCAGUGCCAUUGAACUGGCAGCUGAGACGGUGAAGAUGAUACUACGCAUUGAUGACAUCGCCUUAUCACGAUGAGGGAGCAAGAUCUGGAUCAACCUAGAUCAAAAAGUGUACUAGAUAUCAAGCAUAGCGCGGCUAGGUAAUGGAUAUACCCUCAAGACAUGCCGCUGUUUGCGCUCGAAACGGACCUUGACUUCUCUGUCGGAACUUGUGAACGAUGCCCGGACAGCUCUUCUCAGACUGGACAAAUGCGGUUUGGUCUGAUUCGCGCCUCGUGUUCGUGUAAUCAUCUUGGGGCAGUCUUACGCAGGUUCAAGGCAACCACAGCUGGUCGAAGCUACCUUACUGUACAGUAGUAGUUUUAUGCAAAUCCGUCUUC